CAACUUCCGCAUUAUCGCGAUCGCACACACAAAGGCAAAAGCCACGACAAGUAUCAGCAGUCAGCUCCAGCCUGGUUCAGUCAGACAUUUCCAGACACGGAACAGUGAAAUAAAAUCAUCUCAAAUGGCGUCCCAGAAUUUAGACCCUGCUUUAGCUAUUGCUGCACAAAGGAGAAAAGACAAAUCUUGUAAUUCACCUAGCAAAAAAGAUGGGCAUUCCGUCAGUCUACGAUUGCAAAAAGAAUUGAAGACCCUGAUGUUGUCAUGUAUGGGGAAAGGAAUUACAGCGUUUCCAGAUGGUGAUAACAUAUUCAGAUGGAUUGGAACUCUAGAUGGACCUGUUGGAUCGGUUUACGAAUCUCUAAAGUUCAAGCUUUCUCUAGAGUUCCCUUCACGUUACCCGUAUGUUGCUCCAACAGUCAAGUUUGUUACCCCAAUAUUUCAUCCAAAUGUCGACCAAGAUGGCAAUAUAUGUUUAGACAUCCUAAAAGAAAAGUGGUCAGCAUUGUAUGAAGUCAGAACACUUCUAAUGUCAUUGCAAGUCUUAUUAGCAGAACCAAAUAAUGACAGCCCUCUCAAUGUUCAAGCUGCGGAAUUGUGGGCUAACCAAGCCGCAUACAAGAAGACAGUACUAGAGAAAUAUCAUAAAGCGACAUCAAAAUGAAUGUGUGGGACAUUGUGAUUUCUUUAUGUGACAGAUUAUAUUUAUUACAGACUAUAACCGGUAAUGGCCAACUGUAGAAAUGUACAUAAUGUAAAUAAAAUGAAAGAAAUCAUCUUCCACUGAAUUUGUUAAAAAAAAACUAACAGGCCAAUGGUGUACAAAAACAUGAGUAACAAUUAACAAAUGAGAGAAAAUAUCCUCUUUUACUUAGAAGUGAGAGAUGGAUAUUUUAUUGCAUUUGUCAUGACUGAUUGCUGCAAUUUCUGUGAGAAUUUUGAACCUUUGUUUAUAACUAGUGUAGGCCUAUUUUCAAAAGCUUCAGAAAUAGAAUGUGUACAUAUUUCAUGUGGCUUUGUGUAUCAAUUAUUGAUUCGGAAAACACUGAAAUAGACAUAUUUUUAAGGAACUUACCAUUUCACUGAGAUAUGUAUAUCUGAAAAUCAACAUUCUAAACAGUAAUAUUUUUCAUGUUAAUGACAAGGAAUCUUGACUGUUCUGGAUUUGUGAAUAGUGUCAGUGAAAAGGCUUGGAACUUGGAAUCAUUUUCCCAAAUAGGUGGAAUACUUAAUAACAGGGUUCAUACUGAUCACUUUUCUGGAAAGUCAUGAAACAUCAUUGAUCCAAGUAUUCUCUUGCCUCAUGGCUAGCAAAUAAACAUUGGAACUCUUUAUAUCAUUUCAGUGUGUCAUGGAGGACUGGAAGUUUUCUGCCCUAGAAUGUCAUAUAGAAUACAUAUAUUUUUAUGAAUUUGUUCUACUUCUAGGCUUCAAUAAACUACUCCAUGACAGUACUUUUCUGUUUUCAUCAAAAUGUACAAAUUUGAAAGAAGCAAGGCAUUGAUCUAACUUCUUUACACAUGACUAAACUUGAUUUUGCCAUUGUUUCUAUAUCAAGUUAAUUUUCAACCAUGUCAAAGUGCUCAAAAUGCAAUUAUACCUUUUGUGCCAUCAUUUCACUUAAAGGCAUAUAGGAUAACUUUACAAAGGUCUUUUUUAAAGUUAAUAUUGUUCAUAUGGAUUAUAAAAAAACACCUAGGAUGAAAAAAAAAAUCAAAUAUGUGUAUACACUUCUAGCCUCUUGUCGAGGCCAUGGCGGCUGCUACCCGAGUGAAGGAUAUAGCAAAGCAGAGCGCAGCGAGCCAGGGCCUCUUGACAUCUGAGUCGAAUUUCACAGACUUUCUUUUGUUUUUUAUUGUUUUUACCAAUAGAUGUCAAGAGGCCCUGGCUGCGCUCGCCAGGCCUUAUUCACUUCGCGAAUUAGGAAAUCACUCAGGGAGCUGCUGCCACUUUCAAGAUACCUGACUGAGAAAUCAUCAUUUACUAAAUCUAACAUUUCUAUGAUUUCUUAUUCUUCUGGGAUUCAUUUUUAUAACAUAUCACUGACACUUGAAAACUGGGACCUUGCAGCUCUGAUUUCUUACAAGUCAAAUCAAUGUUAACCUUUGCCUCUAAGAUCAUAUGUAUU